GAUAGUUCAACUCAAUCAUAGUCAUAAUAUUACUUCGAUUUGGGGAAGUAAAGCAUAAAAACUUGUUUUACUUUUCAAUAGCAGCAUAACUCUAGCCCGGAGCUGUGUUGUAAAAACAACAAAAACAUUUUUAGAGUAAAGUAAAAACUUUUAAGACAGGUUUUGGAAGAUAUGACACAAAGCAGGCAAGUAGCUGCACCGGCUCAAGGAGGGCCAGAAAAUGAUAACAGCAACCAAGGAAAAGAAAAACAGAAGAAGCAAGGUAUUAAGAACAUGAAGGAUAAGUGUAUUUUAAUUUUUAUUGGACUUGUUUUGGGAAUAGUUCUAACUAUUCUUUGUUUUUCAAUUUGUUUAAAAGGUACAGAAACUCAACAUUUUUGCCCACAUGAUUGGAUUGGUUUCCAAGAUAAAUGUUAUUAUUUCUCUAAAGAAGAAGGGGAUUGGAAUUCAAGUAGAUACAAUUGUUCCACACAACAUACUGACCUAACUAUGAUUGACACAGUUGAAGAAAUGCACUUUCUCAGGCGACACAAAUGCACUAGUGAUCACUGGAUUGGGCUGGAGAUGACAGAAAAUCAAAUAAGAAAAUGGGUAAAUGGAACCGUAUUUAACAAAUGGUUUACUGUGAGAGGGAAUGAAAAAUGUGCCUACCUCAAUGAUGAUGGUGUGGCAACAGCUAGAUGCUACACAGAAAGAAAAUGGAUUUGCAGAAAAAAAGUACACUAAGUACGAUGCCACCACAGCAUGGCUUGACAAGCAGCACUAAGUCCACUCUGGGGAUCCGAAC